AUGCCGUGCCACUCGAUCACAGAGCAUGCCUACUUGCCCGUGCCCGAUGUGGUGCGCGGCCAGCCUUUUGUCUUCGGUGGCGAUCCCAAGGGCAACAAGAUUGUGUACGGUCAAGGCAAGACCAUUGUUGUCCGUGAUCUCGAGAACCCCAUCGAAGGUUACACGUACAAUGAGCACUCUGUCGCAACAACCGUGGCCAAGUUUGCCCCCUCGGGCUUUUACAUUUGCUCGGCCGACGUCUCGGGCAAAGUCCGCAUCUGGGAUACCACCCAGGAAGAACAUGCCAUGAAGUACGAGUACCAGGCCCUCUCCGGACCCAUCAAGGAUCUCGCCUGGAGCGAAGAUAGCAAGCGCAUCGUUGUUGGUGGUGAAGGCCGCGAAAAGUUUGGCCACGCCUUUCUUUGGGACAGCGGAUCGUCGGUCGGCAACCUUGACGGCCAUAGCAAGCCCGUGAACAGCAUUGAUUUCAAGCAGACGCGCCCCUUCCGCGUUGUGACAGCCUCAGAGGAUACCGACUCUGGCUUCUUUGCUGGUCCUCCUUUCAAGCUGGACCACCUGAACCAGGAGCACGACAGCUUUGUCAAUGCUGUCCGCUUUGCCCCCGACGGCACCAAGUACAUUACUGGCGGAGCUGACGGUCGUGCUUUCAUCUUUGAUGGCAAGGAGGGCAAGCUGAUUGGCCAAGUCAAUGGUGAUGAACCCGCGCAUAAGGGUGGCAUCUACGGUGUGGCUUGGAAGAAGGACAGCUCCCAAUUUGCCACUGCCUCAGCAGACAAGACCGUCAAGCUCUGGGAUGCCGAAGGCAAGCUGCAGGCAACCUUCACCUUCCCCAAUGAGGUCGAGUUCCAGCAACUUGGUUGCCUGUGGCAGGGUGAGGAAAUUCUUUCGGUGGGCCUCAAUGGUGAAAUGACCAUCCUGGACCCGGCUAACCCUUCAGAGCCCAAGCGCAAGUUCCAGGGCCACAGCAAGGCCAUCACGGCCCUGGCAGUAGACGCGGAUGCUGGCCGCUUCUUUGGUGGUUCUUACGACGGCCGAGUCUCCAAGGUCGAUGCGGCCACCGGCAAGGUUGAGCUCUUCCAGGGUCAUCCUACCCAUGGCAUUACCUCCCUGGCAUACGAGAAUGGCAAGCUGAUUGCUGGCAGUCUGGACGAUCGCGUCACCGUGACCGCCGUGGAUGGCACUGCUUUUGGCACCGAAAGCUUUGCUUGCGAGAGCCAGCCCAAGGCCGUGGCGGUGGCCAGCGGCGUGAUUGCCGUCGCCUGCUUUAACCACGUGAUGGUUAUCAAGGGGGGUGCAGUUGCUGCCACCAAGAGUGUAGACUUUGAAGGCAGUGCGGUUGCCGUCAGCAAUGAUGGCAGCCAAAUUGCCGUGGGUACUCAGGCGGGCAAGAUUGUCAUUUACUCGGCCUCACUCGAAGAGCAGAAGACGCUCGAUGCCACGGGUGCCGUGACUUGCCUGCAGUUCUCCCCGGAUGGCCAGUACCUGGCGUCUGGUGAUGCUGGGCGCAACCUCUACGUCUUUGAGGCCUCGGGUGACUGGAACCUGAAAAUGAGCCGCUGGAAAUAUCACACUUCCAAGAUCAACUCGCUGGCCUGGUCGCCCGAUUCGCAGCAUUUGGCCACGGGUAGCCUGGACACAAACAUCAUCGUGUGGAGCAUGGCCGACUGGAUGAAGCGCAUCACCAUCAAGGGUGCCCACCCCAUGCACGACGUGACCCAGGUCGCAUGGCUCGACAACACGACACUGCUCAGCGGUGGCCAAGAUGCGGCCUUCCGCACCUUCUCCGUCACCCACCACUAAGAUGACAUUGCUUGUUUGUUUGUUUUUUCCUUUUUCGUGUAUCCCUUGUGUUUCGGCGAGCAUACCACCGUCAGGUGUGCGUGUGGUAACACAUGCGUGCCGACAACAGAAUGUUGAACAAUUGGACAAUUCAGAAAUUC